CUGUGUUAUAUCGGUGUAAUGAUUCAGUAACACGCUAAAAAAAAUUUCUGAGAAGUUUAAUAAAUUAAAAAAAAAAAAAGACGAGAAGAAAAUUGUACGUCGAGACAUUUCGUGUUUUUACGCAUUGAAGGACAGCAGCUUGACGGUGUGGGAGGAGCCAGUGUCGUGUUUCCGCUCAGAACAGAGGUGAUCUCCCCAGCCGUACCCAGAAAUUAGCUUAGAGUGACGGUACUGUAAAGAAAACUUUACAGUACAGUACAGUAAAAAAAAAGCAGGGGAGCUGCGGGUGUAGACACCGGCGGUAGAACGAGGAAAGAGCGGUAGAAGAAGAAGAAGAAGAGGAGGAGGAGGAGGAGGAGGAGAAGGAAGAGAAGAAGGAGGGGGAGGCAGCUGGACUGUCAGCAAUGGAAGCCGAGUUUCGGGAAAUCGAUGAAAUCGGGAGCUGGAACAGCGUUUACCAGGAUAUCCGUCACCAGUCUUGUGACCUUCCCUGCAAAUACGCCAAAUUACCGGAAAACAAGACUCGGAACCGUUACAGAGAUGUUAGUCCAUUUGACCACAGCAGAAUAUGUCUGCAGCUGGGUAUGAACGAUUACAUCAAUGCCAGCCUCAUCACAGUAGAAGAGACGCAGAGGAAAUAUAUCCUCACUCAGGGACCACUUCCACACACAUGUGGCCACUUUUGGGAGAUGGUGUGGGAGCAGAGAAGCCGCGGCGUGGUGGAAAAAGGAUCGGUGAAAUGUGCCCAGUACUGGCCUCACAGAGAGGAGGGGGACGCCACCUUUGAAGACACCAACUUCAAGCUCACUCUGGUCUCAGAAGACAUCAAAUCUUACUACACAGUCCGUCAGCUGGAGUUGGAAAACCUGUCUACUCAAGAGACUCGGGAGAUUUUGCAUUUUCACUACACCACCUGGCCAGACUUUGGGGUACCAGAGUCUCCCGCCUCUUUCCUCAACUUCCUGUUUAAGGUGCGAGAGUCCAGGUGCCUGAAUUCAGACCACGGCCCAGUGGUCGUUCACUGCAGCGCCGGCAUCGGCCGAUCAGGGACCUUUUGUCUUGUGGACACGUGCCUUCUGUUGAUGUCGACCCGAAAAGACCCAUCCUCGGUGCGUAUCCGGGACGUUCUGCUGGAGAUGAGACGCCACAGAAUGGGCCUGAUUCAGACGGCUGAUCAGCUCCGUUUCUCCUACCUUGCGGUCAUUGAAGGUGCCAAAUACAUCCAGGGAGAUACGUCCCUGCAGGAGUCAUGGAAGGAGCUGUCGAACGAGGAGGACGAUCCUCCAGAGUUCACUCCUCCUCCUCCUCUUCCUCCUCCCAGAGACCCUCACAACGGCAAAGUUGAGCCAUCCUUUUUCCCAGGAAGCGAGGAGAUUGUGCAACGCACAGAGACCCGGAGCUUGGGGUGUUCACUGAGCUCCUCAGCAGACACCACAGUGCGGAAAAGGAACGUUGCUGCCACCCCGUUUCUUCAAGGCGACCAGGCUGACGGCCACAUGGUUGGCCAGGAUCUUACCUCUGAAGUUUCUACCAAAUCCCAGGAGCAGGAAAAGCAGGAGGAGCAGGAGCAGGAGACCAGCAAGCAGAAAUCAGCAAAAACAGCUGAGCAGCCGGAGGGAAACUCUCCUGCAGCGGCGGCCUGGUCCCCUCUUGUGGCCAACGUGUGCCUGUGCACGGCGCUGGCUCUCAGUGCUUACGUCUGUUAUCGAGUCUAUUUCCACUGAUGCCUUUCCUCCACUUUUUGGUUCCCUCCCGUGUCUGUCUCUACUAAUGCUGCGAAGUGGACUCCACCGGCCCGUCCGCCUGCUUUACUCUGUGCCACAGCAGAAGAUUUGGACUCCGACAGAUCUAGAAAUUCCUUGUCUCAUUCAACACAUGCGUUGUAAUGGAGGUGGAGGGGGCGGAUAAUUGUGAAUGACUCCCCCCACCUGCUCUCAUCCAGCCAAACAUUGUAUCCAUGUGUCAUAUUAGAAGCUCAGGGCCUUUGUUUUUUUCAGGCGUCACCAUUUUUGUGUGGUCUUCGACUUUAACGCAGACUAAACAACGAUGCAACAAACAUGAUUAUAUUUACAUAUCAGUCAGUCGAGGGAAAGCUCGUCGACUGCUAGUUCCGUGAACCAGGAUAAUCGUCCAAAUGUCGGUUCUGUACGUUCUUCCGUUUCUCAAAGACUCAAAUCUCCAACAUCCAUUGUCUAAUUUCUUCUCCAUCUCUAUCUCCACAACCAAACAUUGUGACUUCAUCUCUAACUUCGCCUCCAGAUGGCGCCACCUUAACUGUCCCUCUCAUCCUGUCCAUCAUGGUUGUUCCCAGUGGAAACCUCAAGGACUAAGAUUCCCAGAAUGUUUUUCGGAAUAAUAACAAUUUUAAAAAGUUUAAAAGUACCAGAAACAAAC